GAGGGAAUGCGAGAGAGGGAGCGAGAGAGCCGAGCGAGAGAGCGAGCGGAACGAAUCCGCGCCACUCCUCACUCCACCAUGCACCCAGGAGCGCAGGCGUCGCCGCGAGGGGAGCGCACGGAUGACAAAAGCGCCACCAUUCAGCGGCUGCUCUUCACGCCCGCGGCUCCGCAGAGAUACCCACACGUCGCCUCUUCAUCCUCCUCAUCCUCAUCCUCCUCCUCUCCUCCUCUUCUUCGUCCCCGAGUCUCGUCCUCAUCCAAUUCCUCCGCCCUUGCCGGACCGCUGGCUGCGAGCUUCUAACGACUUGGGAGGCUUCCCGUGCACGCUCCCUCCUCAUCAUCCUCCUCCUCCUCCUCCUCCUCCUCAUCAUCAUCAUCUUCCUUCGUCCUGAACGCCACACAACCACAACCACCACGACGACUACUACUACUACUACAUGGCUGCGCUUGGACACCGCCUUGAGCGUAGCAGUGUUGUUUGGGCGUGAAUGACUCGCCUUACCCCAUCACCACCACCACCAGCAGCACUUGCACCAGCCGUGCAUCAUCUACAGCCGCAAAGUCCCCCAACUGUGGUAUCUUGAACCCCCCUCCCCCUUGUAGUAAUACUAAUAAUAAUCAUCAACAUCAUCAGCAGCAGCACUGGCUACAAGAAACCGCUCAGGAUGAGCCGCCGGCCCUUCCCAGCCCGUCGGAUACGGUUCAAUUCCGGGCUGCGAGUGUUGGUGUGGCUGUUCUGCAGCGGGCUGUCCGUGGCUAUGCCGCACGUUCUGAGAAUAGGCGGAAUCUUUGAGACGGUGGAGGGAGGCCCCGCGAGUGCCGAGGAGAUCGCCUUCAAGUUCGCCGUGAACAGCAUCAACAGGAACCGGACGCUGCUGCCCAACACCACGCUCACGUACGACAUCCAGAGGAUUAACAUCUACGACAGCUUCGAGGCCUCGCGCAAAGCAUGCGACCAGCUGUCGCUGGGGGUGGCCGCCAUCUUCGGACCUUCUCACUCGGCGUCGGCGAGCUCCGUGCAGUCGAUCGCCAACGCGCUCGAGGUGCCCCACAUCCAGACGCAGUGGAAGCCGCAGCCGUCGAGCAGCCGGGACACGUUCUUCGUGAACCUGUACCCCGACUACGCGUCCGUGAGCCGCGCCGUGCUCGACUUGGUGCAGUCCUACAAGUGGAAGAGCGUCACGGUGGUGUACGAGGACAGCACGGGCCUCAUACGACUCCAGGAGUUGAUCAAGGCGCCGUCGCAGCUCAACCUGAAACUGAAAAUUCGCCAGCUCCCGCUGGACACGCGCGACACCAAGCCGCUGCUGAAGGAGAUGAAACGAGGCCGGGAGUUUUAUCUCAUCUUUGACUGCGGCCACGAGACAGCGGCCGAGAUCCUGCGACAGGCUAUGGCAAUGGGAAUGAUGACAGAGUAUUACCACUACAUAUUCACCACCCUGGACCUGUUUGCCCUGCAUCUCGACAGCUACCGCUACAGCGGAGUGAACAUGACGGGCUUCCGCCUCAUGAGCCUUGACGACUCCCGCGUCUCCUCCGUCAUGGAGCGCUGGACCAUGGAGCGUCUCGCUCCCACACGGCCCGAGUCCGGCCUCGUGCACGGGGUCAUGACGACCGACGCUGCCCUCAUGUACGACGCGGUCCACGUGGUCUCGCUGGCCUCCCAGCGCUCCACGCAGAUGACCGUCAGCUCCCUGCAGUGUCACCGACACAAGCCCUGGAGGUUCGGCGCUCGCUACAUGCAGGCCAUCAAGGAGGCUCAGUGGGAUGGCAUCACCGGCCGAAUUGCAUUCAACCAGAGCAACGGACUGCGCACAGACUUCGACCUGGACGUGAUCAGCCUGAAGGAGGAAGGGCUGGAGAAGGCGAUUAGUGAGGUGGUGCAAGGGCCCCAUAAAAAAGUUUGGACGAAGAUAGGCACGUGGGACACGGUCACGGGGCUGAAGAUGCUGGAGGCCAACAAGGACAAGUCCGUCAACGUGACGGACUCGCUGUCCAACCGGACUCUCAUUGUCACCACGAUUCUGGAAGGGCCGUACACCAUGUUCAAGAAGUUGCACAGAACCCUCCGUGGCAACGAGCGCUUCGAGGGCUACUGCAUGGAUCUGCUCAGGGAGCUCUCCAAAAUCCUGGGCUUCACCUACGAGGUCAAGCUGGUGGACGACGAGAAAUACGGCUCGCAGGACGAGAACGGCCAGUGGAACGGGAUGGUGCGAGAGCUCGUCGAUCACAAAGCUGACCUGGCUGUUGCGCCCCUCACCAUUAACUACAUGCGGGAGAAGGCCAUCGAUUUCUCCAAGCCAUUUAUGACGCUGGGGAUCAGCAUUUUGUACCGCAAGCCCAACGGAACCAACCCAGGGAUAUUUUCCUUUCUCAAUCCCCUCUCACCCGACAUCUGGAUGUAUAUUCUGUUGGCUUACUUGGGCGUCAGUUGUGUGCUGUUUGUCAUUGCAAGGUUCAGUCCCUACGAGUGGUACAACCCCCACCCGUGCAACCCGGACUCGGACGUGGUGGAGAAUAACUUCACGAUGCUCAACAGCUUCUGGUUCGGAGUGGGAGCCCUCAUGCAGCAAGGUUCGGAGUUGAUGCCCAAGGCCCUGUCGACGCGCAUCGUGGGCGGCAUCUGGUGGUUCUUCACCCUCAUCAUCAUCUCGUCCUACACGGCCAACCUGGCCGCCUUCCUCACCGUGGAGCGCAUGGAGUCGCCCAUCAGCUCCGCCGACGACCUCGCCAAGCAGACGCGCAUCGAGUACGGGGCCGUGCGUGACGGAUCCACCAUGACCUUCUUCAAGAAAUCCAAGAUCUCGACGUACGAGAAGAUGUGGGCCUUCAUGAGCAGCCGCCAGACGGCGCUCAUAAAAAACAACGAGGAGGGGAUCCAACGCGUCCUCACCACGGACUACGCGAUGCUCAUGGAGUCCACCAACAUUGAGUACGUGACGCAGCGAAACUGCAACCUCACGCAGAUUGGCGGUCUCAUCGACAACAAGGGCUACGGCAUCGGCACGCCUCUGGGCUCCCCGUACCGGGACAAGAUCACCAUCGCCAUCCUGCAGCUGCAGGAGGAGGGCAAGCUGCACAUGAUGAAGGAGAAGUGGUGGCGCGGGAAUGGCUGCCCCGAGGAAGACAGCAAUGAGGCGAGCGCUCUCGGCGUGCAGAACAUCGGCGGCAUCUUCAUCGUGCUCGCCGCCGGCCUCGUCCUCUCCGUGUUCGUCGCCAUCGGGGAGUUCAUCUACAAGGCGCGGAGGAAUGCCAAGAUCGAGAAGCGCUCGGUGCUGAGCGCGAUGGCGGAGGAACUCCGCAUAUCCCUCCGGUGCCACAGCAGAGUGAAGCGGAGGGCCCCGGUUCUCAUCCGCGUCGAGGACUCGCUCAACAUGCACACCUUCAACGACCGCCGGCUGCCGGGGAAAGAGACGAUGGCGUGACUCGGCACGGCGGGAUGGCGAGGCCGACGAGCGGCGGCGGCCGUUUGCCGAAGUCGACCGACCUCUCUCCCCGCGGCGGCGGCGGCGGUGGCUCCUCCGGCUCCGUCUCGGCCUCGACCUCGUCCACGCACUCUGGCACCGAGUCUCCUCCGCAUCGGAUUUUCUGUGAAAACGUUGCGUCCGCCACCUGCCCCCACCCGAAGGGUUUCGAUCUCGGAGCGAUGCCCCCGGUGAGCCCGUGUAGAUAGAGGGACUGCGGCGACGACGACCAUGGUGACGGCGGUGGCGCGAACUGGAACUUGGCAUUGUCGGGAACGUUUUUGGGUGUGAAAUCAAGCAAAGUGAAGCGGAUGGAACAACAGCAGCAGCAGCAACGGACAAACUAAAUGAACACUUGAAGGAAUUUACUUUAAAAACAAGAAAUCACUCACGUAAAAAAAAAACUUAAAACAAAAUAAGGACUUGUUUGUGGUUGUAGUUAUUGUUAUCGUUUGACGAAAAUGCUUCUUUAGUUUUGUUAUGUUUUUUUAUUUUUCUUUGCAAGUGAAAAAAAACAUUUUAGGUACAGUAGUUGCGUUCUGAACACUGUUCGUUUGUUUAAAAUACAACGUUGAGUGAGAAUGUCCGAUGGUGAAAAUGAUGACCUGUUCAUUCAUUGGUAUACAUACACUCGCUUGCUACAAUAAGUUUGUUAUUACCGUUAUUAUUAUUACUACUAUGAUGAUAAUGUUGUUAUUGCACCCGAGAUGAAUUACCCAUGGUAUUUUGUUCCAACAUGGAUUGUAAGAGUUUUAUUUAAGAGCACUAUAUUACACUAUAUUUAUAUGGUUGAGUGGCGGUCAAAUGAUUUUUGAGAAUGGGGGCAUUUAUUGAAAAAAGUCACAACCUAAUGUCGGACCUUAUUCCAAAGUCCUUCUCUAUAUGGUAAUCAUGUGGUGGAAUAAGUGCGUUGAUGUUGGGUGGCUACACUAUUAAAACAGAAUUAGUGAGUCGGUGCUUCUGAUUAAUUUCCCAUUCUAAAACAGUUUUCGCUAUCCUUUUGUAUUAUGUGUAUGGAAAAAAAAAUCCGAAUUUUUUAACGUGUGUUAUUCAUCUCAUCGAGUUGUCGCUAUUAUUUUUUUUCGUGGUAUUAUUUUUUGUCUGUUGGAAAUAAAAUAUUUCUCCCGUUAUGGUUAAUAGACCGUUAAAAACCCAUUUUACGCUCAUUAUGACAGGAAUGACGAUUGUUUUAAAACGAAGGAAGACAUCGCUUGGUUAUUUGCAUCCUAAUUUGAAGCAGAGUUGUGUUAAUGGAACUGUGGGAUGGCAGUAACGCUAGACGUGCCACGCACAUACGAACGAGGGCGGGGGGGGGAAUCUCUCUUUUAAAUGUUGCCCGGUCGUAGGGAAAAAAGAUUUGGGAUGGAAAAUCCUGUCGGUGAUUUUGGCUGGACAAUUUUACGCUGAUUUGGGAUGGAAAAUCCUGAUGGUGAUUUGGGAUGGAAAAUCCUGAUGCUGAUUUUGGCUGGAGAAAUUUAACGCUGGUUUGGGAUGGAAAAUCCUGAUGGUGAUUUUGGCUGGAAAUAUUCUGACAGUCGUUUGGGAUGGAGAAUGCUGAAGGUGAUUUUUGGAUGGUAAAAAUACUGAAGGUGAUUUGGGAUGGAAAAUCCUGUUGGUGAUUUAUUGGCGCAUCGGCGAAUGGGUGAGAUGUUUGGUAAACCUUUUGCAUGCUAGGUUCUGCCAAGAAAAUGUAAACUUUUUGGAUAAUUGAUUUUUUUGACAAACACUGUUUAUUUUUAAUUUUUCCCAGCCAGUAAAAAAAUGGUGCUUUUUAGAUGACACACACAGCAAUCCAUGUUUUCAAACAGAUUAUUUUUUGUUCGAUAAAAUAUUUGGAAUGUUGGUAAAUAUAUAUGUUUAACAUGUCUGAAAUUGAAUGUUGUAAAGACAUGAUGUAGACAUGAUAAAGCCGAGUCCCUUUUAUAUAUUUAACUUUUUUGAGAGAAAUGAAAGGCAGAAGGAUUUUAAGACGCUUUAUUUCGACGAUGUUGUUCUUGUUUGUGAAUACCGGAUUAUCAGGAUAAAGGGACAUGAUUUAAUAUGC